ACUCACCAUAUGACAGCGUGUAGUGGUCGCCUGCGACCAGAGUGUUGUUCUAUGCAAAACAAUAGAUUAAUUUCUCACUAGUGAAUGAAACAGGUGUGCAAUGCUGUGUCGUAUAAUAUACAGUGACUAUCUCAAAGUUAAUGCAAAGUUUAAUUGAAGUGUUUUAAGAGUUGAACUAAGUUUUCCCGUAAAAUUAAUUUCGGAAGUGUGACAAAGUAGAAACUUUCCCGUGUUAUCAAAUUUUGCGGUGUUUUGUGUGAACAGUGUUUCUAAAAUGAGCUGUGUUUAUUGUUAGUGUUUCACUGGAAUCCAAGAUGACUACAGACAGGUUCCAUAAGGCGGCCAAAGACGGCCUGCUGGAGGUGCUUCGCGAGGCGACGCGCAAGGAAUGCAAUAACAAGGACGAGUCUGGCAUGACGCCCACCCUGUGGGCCGCUUUUGAGGGCCACGUGGAAGCGCUGCGGCUGCUGUGUGGCCGAGGAGGAGAACCCGACAAAGCAGAUUACUUCGGUAACACAGCGCUGCACCUCGCCUCCGCGCGGGGCCACAAGGAAUGCGUCACGUUCCUGGUGAACUUCGGGGCGAAUGUGUACACCAUGGACGUGGACGGACACACGGCGCAGGAACUCGCGGCCAUCAACGGGAGGGACGACAUACUGAGGUUCCUGGAUCAGGCUACAGCGAAGUUGGAGAAUAACGAUAAAAAAAAGGCGAAAUCCAUGAAAGAGAAAGCUAAGAAAGACCACGAAAAAUCUCAUAAACAAUACCAAAAGCGACAGAGCAAAGCUGAGAUUAUGGCUGAGAAGGAACUAAAGAAGUUGGCGAAGGAGUGGGACCAGGGGUACAACGAGGAUGUGUCCACAAUGCCCCAUAGGCCCAGCACCGUGCUCAUGGCACUCAAGCAGAAGAUGACCAGGUCCACAAGUCAGGGUAACUUACUCGCCGACGAGCAGCCCCGACCAACGUACAGUGCCUUAGUCGGGACAGUAAACUCCGGCGCCCGCGGUCGCGGUGCUGUUUACAAGAAGGCUUUGGCUAGCAAGCUGAAGAACGGCACUGUGGGUCGCGCUGGGCCCACUGAUGAUUUCAAGGUUGGUGAGGUGGAGCACGGCGGCCGGCGAUCCGUGACGUCACUGAGCGGCGUGAGGCGCGACUCUGAGGUCAUGUACGUGGGGACCUUCGGCGCCGGCCCUCAGGCUCGCGGCGAACUCAACAACGUGUUCCAACAAGCGCAGACGGAGCGACAACCACUUACUAGAUCACUGAGCCAGCCUGAUUUUACAGCGGCACAAGGGGAAGACAGCGGCAUCGGCCAGGAGGUUCUACUGCAGGAACCCGCCAGCAUAUUCGACCGCCCUGGAUUCGGGAGCGUCGCUUUCCGGCGAUCAAUAACAGCAACACUAGGAGCACUUCCCGCGGGCGGAGCACCAGGCGAAGACAUGUCCAUCGGAUCCGCGGGCUCACUGGCCGCGCGCCACGCCUACCAACCAGCUGAAUGGAACUCCGCGCAGUCAGAGAGCUCAACAAUAACAUCCGACGAAGAAGGCGAAGCAGAUGACUCGGGAUACGCAUCUCUCGAGCGUUUCCUCACAGCGUGGGGCCUCGCGCAAUACGUGCAGAAACUGAAGGACGAGCAGAUCGACCUGGACGCGCUCAUGCUGCUGACCGAGAGCGACAUGAAGUCACUGGGCCUACCGCUCGGCCCUUACAGGAAACUGGUCACCGCCGUGCAGGAGAGGAAACAGGCGCUCAGCAAUCCGGGCGUUAUUAUUGAUUCGGCUAUUUAAAGUCUGGCCAAAGUAUUUCCGUCACCACAAAAUUAAUAAUUCCAUAGAAAUUUUCAAGACUUUUCUUAGUUACAAAUUUGUUUGACCGGCUAUAAAGCUUGCCUACUAGACGCCCCAAGCCAUUUUCGUUUUAUUACAGUAUUUAGUCAUCUUGAUUUUACUCUGUAGGUAUUUGGUAGUUAAAUAUCAAUGUAUCAUAUCAUAAUAACACCCAAUGAAGGAGCUACACACUAACAUAUAAUGACACCAGAUGAUGAGAUGACUGGCUACGUUUCCUCACAGCGUGGGCCUCGCACAAUAUGUGCAGAAGCUGAAGGACGAGCAGAUCGACCUGGACGCGCUCAUGCUGCUGACGGAGAGCGACAUGAAGUCCUUGGCCCCCCGCUCGGCCCUUACAGGAAACUGGUCACCGCCGUGCAGGAGAGAAAGCAGGCGCUCAGCAAUCGGGGCGUCAUUAUUGAUUCUGCUAUAUAAACUUGCCUAUUUAUAAAAAAAAGCUUAUAUCACCCGUCGUAUCAAACCUUCUAAUCAAGGGUGAACAGAACAGGCAUCUUCUGGGUGAGCUCACUCCAUCGUAGGCCACGUUUUUGCCUUUGACUUGGCUAGUCCGUGGCCAAGAGUAAGGUCAUUUAUAAUAAUAAUAAAAAAAACCAUUUCGGUGGAUCAGGAAAUUAUAUGUCAUUAAUUAAUUACAUUAGUGUUUUGUCCUUUAGGUGCGUAGAUAAAAUUCAUUCUAUUUCGUAUCUGCAAUAAUACAAGUCCUCGCGGCGUAUAAAUGGGACUUAUCCAAUUUCUGAGUACCUAUCGUUCUACUACUUAUUCAAAAACUAUUUCGUGGAAAAUUUCAUAUAAUAUGGCGUAAUUGUUUAGGUCAUUUUUCUUUAUUCUGUUUGCCUUAUAGCGCAGUAUACGCCACUGUUACAGCUUCAUGAGGUAUCUUUACCGACUUAUAUAUUAAUACAUCCACCCUUUCAAUGAUAAGUAAGAUUUACUUACUCUGAGAUUUUCUGAAAUUACCUAAUGCCUACAUUGCCAAGUGAAAUUUUAAAAGAACCAUAUAGUUGACUAUUAUUAUGUUUUGUAUUUUUGCACUUUUUUCGUGUGUCAGGCGUUAAUGCAUUCCAUUUUUUAUUGUUUAAUGAAUUUAUAUGUAUAUUAGUUAACUGUAACAAUCAUUACCAUGAUUUUACAAAGUGUCUUUCAAUACCUAGUUAUUGCACCAACGUAGGUAUGUGGCGAUGCAGUUCCAUUGCCAAUAGGCCAAAGGAUACCUAAAAAUGCUCAAUUCACUGAUGUUAUGAUGUUAAGUCACAUGUCACAAACUACAUCUUAUUCUUUGUGAUGUAGGAGCAUACUCUAGCAACAAAUAAAUUAUUUUCAUAGAAAAUAUUUUCAUUUGUAUCUUUAAACAGUCACACUACUAUGUAAUAUACUUGGAAUUUUCGACCCUUGUCUUCGUGAUCCGAUGUCCGAGUGGUUCAGGCAUCCGUCCGGUAAAGGGAGGACGCUGGUUCCAGCUUGGGACACUCGGAGACCUUGGUCACUUUUUCUUUGUAUGUGACAUUUAUUUCAUGUUUAUGUAGGAACCUAGGAACAUAUCAUAUUGUAUGAAUUCAUGGUACUGAUUGAGAUAUAUUAUUUAAGUAUUAAUUUGUAAAAUGUGAUAAGAACCACAAAAAUCAUGUCAAGUCUAGUGACAAUUUACCCAUGUGUCGCCAUAAAAUAUUUUUGUACAUUUUUAAAUAUAUUUUUUAUACGAUCA